UGCAAUCUUCGUUGGCGGCCAUUGAAACAGGCAAGAGACCAGAGUCAGGUCCCGUCUUCGAUGGAGCAACAAACCUACUAAUUAUAAAACAAUAAGAAUGUCUCAUUCUGGUGUGUCCUCCAAAACACUGGCGAAAGGCCAAAGCAUUCCAAAGAGGGGGCGUGUGUCCAAUGGACUCAAAGAAAUUCACAUCGAUGAAGAAGUGAAGAUAUCUGUGAACCUCUCUUUGGAGAGGUUUCGCUACAGUGACCAGAAAGAGAUGGAGUUUCCCUCAUCAUUGUCAAGUACUGAAAGGGCCUUCAUUCAUCGCAUAGCCCUGUCUCUGGGGUACAUUUCCAAAAGCAAGGGGAAAGGAUCAAAUCGAUAUCUUACAAUCAGAAAAACUGAUGGUUCAGAAAAACCUCGGCCAACAAUGCCUCUUACUCUUUCCCACAACACUUUGCAUUUUAUUCGGAGCUUCCAUCAGAGGUUUCCCAUCACCAGUAAAGAACGCACAGACCUUCACCUUAGCAGUAACAGCAGCCUGAGGAUGUCCACUGAACUUGACGGUUUUGACAAAAAUAGAGCAAGUGGAUGUUUAAAUAAUGGCAUUCCUUUGGUGCCCAGAAGAAGAAAUCCAACAGAUAUUGACAGUUUCAGGUGCUCUCUGCCAGUAUACGAACGGCGUGCGGAGAUUGUGCAACUCAUUGCAGAAAAUCGCGUCAUUCUGGUGGUGGGAGAGACGGGCUCUGGUAAAACUACACAGAUUCCCCAGUUCCUUCUUGAUGACUGCACUAGGACAGGAGUGCCCUGCAGGAUCUUUUGCACACAGCCCAGACGCCUGGCUGCCAUUGCUGUGGCUGAGAGGGUAGCUGCAGAAAGAGGAGAGAGUGUGGGGCAAACAGUUGGUUAUCACAUCAGAUUGGAGAGCAGGGUUUCUCCCAGGACGCUUUUGACUUUUUGUACAAGUGGAGUAUUUGUCAGGACUCUAAUGGCUGGAGAUGCCAGUUUGACAACCGUCACACAUGUUAUAGUAGAUGAAGUGCAUGAACGUGAUGGUCUGACUGAUUUCCUGCUAACAAAGAUGCGAGACGUGCUUCAGAAGAUUCCCACUCUAAAACUGAUCCUCUCGAGUGCUGCUCUGGAUAUUGACCUGUUUCUUCAGUACUUUGGAUCCUGCCCUGUCCUCCACAUUAAAGGGAGACAGUUUGAAGUGAAGGAACUCUUUUUGGAAGACAUUCUGAAGAUUACUGAUUACAAAGUUAAAGACAUGAAAAAGUACAAGGAAGAAAAACAGAAAAAAGAAACUAAAGAGAAGGUUUUGACAGAGUGGUGUAAAGCUGUGGAGAGCAGUUCUGUUGAGGGUCUGAAUAUGGCUGCGUCUGAGUUACUACAAAGCUGUAGUGACCCAAACACGGAGAGCAGCACCCUAUGCAAAUCAGAAGAAAAUAGCACAGAUGUCCUUGAGCCGUGGCUGAAGACUGAGAUGGACAUGUGCAUUUCCAACAUCUUCCUUGGUGAAGAUCAAGAUGCAUUUACCCAGAUUUUUAAUCUAAUUCUCUAUGAGAAUGUAAAUGUCGACUAUACCCACAGUGAGACCGGUGCUACCGCUCUAAUGGUUGCAGCAGGUCGAGGAUGCAUUGCACAGAUGCGGCAACUCCUUAGUAUGGGAGCUGAUAUGAACAUAAGGGCGUCCAAUGGUUGGUCUGCAUUGGACUUUGCCAUUCACUUUAACCAGAUGGAUGCAGUAGAUCUACUCCGAUCAUCAAUCCCCCUUGGAAAAUUAAAAUUAAAUCAGACAGAUGAAACUGCUCUGAUGCAGUGUCCCAGUGCAGAGCUGAGCCUAGAGGACCAAGAACUGCUCAAGCUGUACCACCACAGCUUUGACGAUGAGUUCGUAGAUCUGGACCUCAUCAUGACCCUCCUUCAUCACAUCUGCUCCACCACCAGUGAAGGUGCUGUUCUGAUUUUUCUCCCUGGCUAUGAUGAGAUUGUGGCACUCAGGGAUCGCAUUCUCUUUGAUGACAAAAGGUUUUCGACUCGCUCUGAAAGAUAUGAGGUGUUCACCCUACAUUCAGAUAUGCAAACUUCUGAUCAGAAAAAAGCCAUGAAGACGUCGCCACCUGGUGUCAGAAAAAUUAUCCUCUCUACAAACAUAGCAGAAACAAGCAUCACUAUCAAUGAUGUGGUCUUUGUCAUUGACUCUGGAAAAGUCAAAGAGAAAUCCUUUGAUACUUUGAGCCAUGUAUCAAUGCUGAAGACUGUUUGGGUCUCAAAAGCUAGUGCACUUCAACGAAAAGGAAGAGCUGGACGCUGUAGGCCAGGCGUCUGCUUUCAUCUCUUUAGUCGACUCCGUUUCAACAACAUGCAGGAGUUUCAGGUUCCCCAGCUGCUGCGGAUGCCUCUGCAGGAGUUGUGUCUACAAACCAAACUGCUGUCUCCUACCUCUUGCCCUGUGGCAGAGUUCUUGUCUAAAGCGCCGCAGCCUCCACCAACACAUGCUAUACGAAAUGCUGUGCAAAUGCUUAAGACCAUAGAUGCACUGGACCAACAUGAAGAUCUCACUGAUUUGGGCUACCAUUUGGCUGAUUUGCCGGUAGAACCACAUCUGGGCAAAAUGGUUCUCUGUGCUGUGGUGCUGAAGUGCCUGGACCCCAUCCUUACCAUCGCCUGCACCCUGGCUUAUCGAGACCCCUUUGUACUACCCACCCAGGGCUCUCAGAAGAGAGCCGCUCUGCUGUGCCGCAAACGCUUUACCUCAGGCACCUUCAGUGACCACAUGGCCCUGCUUCGGGCCUUUCAGGCUUGGCAAAAGGCUCGUAGCGAAGGUUGGGAACGAUCUUUCUGUGAAAAGAACUUUCUUUCCCAGGCAACUAUGGAUAUGAUACUGGGAAUGAGAACACAGUUGUUGGGACAGCUGCGUGCCAUUGGUUUUGUUCGGGCACGAGGUGGUAGUGACAUUCGAGAUGUAAAUCUGAACUCUGAGAACUGGGCAGUGGUAAAGGCAGCACUAGUUGCUGGGAUGUAUCCAAACCUUGUCCAUAUCAACAAGGAACAGUCUUUCAUGUCCAGCAGCAAAGAGAAAAAGGUUAACUUCCAUCCAACAUCAAUUUUAAGUCAGACCCAGUUAAAGGAGAGCACCUCAACCAAGGAGGCACAGACUCUUCCCACAGACUGGCUCAUAUAUGAUGAGAUGAGGAGAGGCCAAAGAAUGGCCAGUGUUCGCUGUUGCUCUAUGGUCACCCCUGUCACUGUUGCUGUUUUUGGUGGUUGUGCAAAGUUACCAAGCUCUGCACUGCAUGAACCUGCCUCUCUAAAAGAUAGCUCAGUUAAUGAAACGAGUGACAGUGACUCAGAGGAGCUGGCUGAGAUAAAGCUUGAUGAUUGGCUUGUUUUCCAGUUAGACACAGAGACAGCAGGACUGGUGUUUGAGCUCAGACAGAAAUGGCAAAAUCUUUUCAUCAAAAGGAUAAAAUGUCCUUCAAAGCCCUGGUCUCCUCAAGAUGAUGCUGUCAUAUGCACACUGGUUUCUGUGCUUUCAGCAGAGGAGCAGAGAGCAGGCUUACAACAACCUACAGGGAUAGGCCAACGACCUCGGCCCAUGAUAUCAGAAAAGGGUUACCAGCCAACCUUGAAAAGCUCCAAGAACAACUCUCAAAGCAGCAAUACAGAUGACCGACAAUGUAGCGUUUGGGGAAAUUCUGUCCAUUCAAAGAGUGAUGAGGUCUCACUGGGCAUAACCCCUCUGUCUGAUGACACCCUGUCCUCCAGUAGCUCAUCUUAUUGUGUGAGCUUAAACAGUCCCUCUGGAAGCCCCUGCACCUCCUCAGCAAAACACUCAACCCAAACAUCUCCUCAGCUAACCAUGUCAUCCAUCCGUUACUUCAUCAUGAAGAGCAGCAGUAUUAGAAAUAUAGAGAUAUCUCAGCAGAAGGGAAUAUGGUCCACCACCCCAUGCAAUGAGGCCAGACUGUCCAAAGCUUACUUGGAAAAUAAGUUAAUCAUCCUCAUUUUCUCUGUUCAAGGCUCUGGGCACUUUCAGGGCUAUGCUCGCAUGACAUCAGUCAUCAGCAGAGACAGCUGCCAGGACUGGGGGCUUAUGGGACUUGGUGGUGCCUUCAGUGUAGAAUGGAUUCACAAAGAGAGCCUGUCUUUUCAGUCUACUCAGCACAUCCUCAAUCCAUGGAAUGGUAACAAGAAGGUCCAAGUUAGCAGAGAUGGACAAGAGUUAGAACCCCAGACUGGGAGUCAACUGUUGUUAAUGUGGGAUAGAAAUUUUGGAAAUUAGUAAGAGAAAAGCACUACUGUGCUGACUGUGAUUAUUGCAAUUAGUAGAUGAAACUAUGCAAAUGAAAGCAGUGGUGAGAAGAUGUUUUUGUUCUUAAAGUCUCUGUUUACAUUUAUUACUUUUUCUUGAUUAUCUGCCAUGUUUUUAUAUUUGCACCACUAUAAUAUAGACUUUUAUACAAAUGCCUUAAUCUCAUAUCAACAAAUUGUUUGCCUAUUUGCAUAACCAUAUGAUCGUACAUCUUCUGUAAAGAUACAUAUUCUGUGUUUUGUAGUUUACAUUAUUUAUUCAGUGUUCAUGUUAUCUCCUGUGCUGGACGAUUAGCUGAGAGCAAAAUUCUGGUCCACCUUUACUGGUAUGUUUAAUACUAUGUUUUAUUAUCUUUUCAAUUUUCAAAAUCAGAAAUUGUUGUUCCUGAGUUAUCUCAAAACUAACUGUAAUUGGUUGUCAAUUUUGUCAAAUAUGCAAACAACCAAACCUCCUAACAGACUGGCAUUGCCAGGCUUAAAAAUAAAACAUUUUGAUCAGU